GUCUGGCUUAUUCUCUGCCUGGCUCCGGCUUCCUUCUCUCAGCUGAUGACUUUGACAAAGCCCUUGCUUGCUGCCUCCUCCACUCCCUCUGGGUCGGAGCUCCAGAGGAGUUGCCUUUGUCUGUCCUCCACUUUUCCUGGGCAGUCCGGUCGGAGACCAGCUCCCCCAUGGCCGACUCACUCCUUAACCAUUCUUGGCCAUCCUUCUCCAGGCGGUGGAUGAAGAGAUGGUCCUUCAAGCGAGGGUCAGAGUGCAAGCAAGCUGCACGAGAUUUCCCCAGCAGCCGCAUUGUCUCCACCUCAGGGUAUAACAGCCCAAACACUUUGUCUCCGUCCUUGACUGCUGAAGAGGAGGCCUUCUUUGGCAGUAUGGCAGAGGAGCGGGAAGAUGCCUCUUCUCCAGAACAGGACACACAUCCAUGUACUGUUGACAGCAGCACCGAAGAUCUCCUCUCCAUAGACUCUGCUCUCCAGGGAUCAGAGUAUUAUAAGGACCUGGAAUUUGCUGGGCCUACAGAGACGGGUAGUAACAUGGCAUUGCAGCUUGAUUGGACAUCACAGGAAACUCCUGGUUUUUGCUCACCAGCAAAAAACCCCAAGGGUUGUGAGCAGAUACUUGCCUGUAAUCGGCGUCCAGAUACAGCUCCCAGUUUUGAGAUGGCAAAUCACUACCUGGAUGAGGUCUGUGCUUGUUCGUGCAGUUCUGGGAAGCAGGGGAGCUUUUUUUGA